GAAACAUUGGGUCUAUCAACACCGUGCCUAAGGGUGAUAUUUCUUCUAUAAAUACACAGCUACUCAUCUCAUCUGGAGGCCAUAGAAAAGGUCCUCAUCAACCCAAGCUCUUUUGCCGAAAGGAAGAACAACGAAGUCUCGGCUCUUAAUCUUUGGGCAGCCAGCAACAUGUUAUCCAUAUUACGCAAAGCCCGCCUAAAGGAUAAAGAGAUGCGAGUACUCAUGUUAGGUCUUGACAAUGCCGGAAAGACGACAAUUGUCAAACAGAUUAUGGGUGAAGAUGUGAACACUGUUAGCCCAACGCUUGGGUUUAUUAUCAAGACGAUUGACUACGAAGGAUACAAGCUCAACAUCUGGGACGUGGGUGGCCAGAAGACGCUGCGGUCAUACUGGCGGAAUUAUUUCGAAAAGACAGACGCCUUGAUCUGGGUCGUGGACACAACAGAUCGGUUACGAAUAGACGACUGCAGAGAGGAACUCCAUGGCCUGCUGGAAGAAGAGCGCUUGGCGGGAGCCUGCUUGUUGAUAUUUGCAAACAAGACGGAUGUGGAUGGGUGCAUGACCGAAGAGGAGGUUGUUACGUUGUUGCGGUUGAACGAUAUACGGACGCAUCAAUGGCACGUUUUGCCGUCGUCGGCCAUGACGGGGAAGAAUCUCAACCAGGGCAUGUCGUGGGUGGUGGAGGACGCGAAGAAGCGGCUUUUCUUGUAUUAGGAUGACUGUGAUUGAAAGAACCGAGGGGAGGUUGCUGACGGAGCGUGAAGCCCUGCUCCAUGUACUCGUAUUUACUUGAUUGAAGCAUCGCAUUUUACGUACGGAUAUAGAACUGGGCCGCGGGACAGGUCCCAGGGAGUCGGGUAGUAAUAUUACAUAGCCAGCAACCCAGUGACUGAUGGUAAACCACUUCAUCAGUGUUGUACUACCACCAUUCACUUCUUGUCCCUGAUGUUAU